AACAAAUGGCAGGAGACAGCUGGGCACUAAUACCCAGCGUGAUUAUUCUUGAAAUACUUUCGUAUCUUUCGCAGAAGGACCGAAUAAGUGCAACUUCAACGUGUAAAAGGUGGAGAUCUUGCCUAUUCCAGCCGAAAUUGUGGAAAUCAUUGACGCUUAAUCUUAAUAAACAUCAAAGAGAGAGGACGAACUUCUUAAGUGACGUAUGUGGACGUUUUGUUCGGGAAUGCGCAAUUCGCUUCAACCCAAGCAAGGUGGAAGAGGUUGUGAAGAGCUUAAACGUUCUUGAUUCCUUAGUGGGAAAUAUCAACAUUCAAGUUUUGCAACUUCAGCCGACAAGUUGUCAUUUUGAUUGGGCAAAUAUUCCAGAUUUUAGAUACAUUCAAAAAGUACAAGAAGUUCUUCGUAGCUGCCGAAAGUUGAUACACCUGUCAUUAGGAUGCUCGGAAGAUGUUCUUGCUCACUCUAGUGCUCUGGUAGAAACCCUGGCCACGAAUCACAGCCAUUCACUGCAGGCUUUCCAUCUUGCAAGUGUUAAGGAAGACUCUGAGAACUAUGGAAUAGUUGACCUCAAUGUUGAAAAUUUCCAGCAUUUUACUUCUCUGAAACAUCUGAGUAUUGAUUAUGAUUUUGUUGAUAGCAGACUUCUGAAAGGUUUCUGUCGUAAAGGACAAUAUCAACUGGAAAGACUGAUCAUUCACGUUCACGGUGUUGGUCAAGAACAAGAAAUAAUUUCCAAUUCAAGCUGGCGAGAAUUCACAAAUUACAAUAAACAUGUAGAAGUUACUUUGAACCUGAUACAUUCCUUUUCUGGAGUUGAGAAGCUAGUUGAUAUCUUGAAGAGAGACCUUCCUUUGACACAUUUCCGUCAGUUUUUCUGUUCUAUGAUCAAUGAUGCAGCUUUAAGACUGAUGGCAAACCAGUACUCUUACUGUUUGAAAUCCAUUGAAAUUGUUGAUGGCAUGGAAAAUGGAGAGUGCAACUGGUACAACUUGGCAGAAAUAGAUGAAGAUCCGUUCAUCAUGCUGGCAUGGAAGUGUCCACGGUUGAACAAGAUUUCCAUCAUUGGUAAAUACACAUUCGUUAUAGUAAGGGGUACGAGGAUGGUUGAUGAAAAUCUGGUUGCGAUUGCAAGACUGCGUGAAGACACUCUGGACACUCUGGCAGUGCCAGAGUGCUGCAUCCACUAUGAGGAGAUGGACAGCGAUCCAAACCCUUCAGAAACCCACCUCAGGGAGCUGGCCUGCAGACUGUCACACAGGAUCUCCAAAAGUCUAGGCCGGAAUUGGCGACCACUCCCUGACGACAGCCUGCCUGAAGCCAUUUUUGAUGAAAUGGCGAAUGCUGAGGAAGUGUAUAACCACAUCUUCUUGGAGGAUCAGAAAUACAUUCAAAUGUAACCUGGUUAUAUGUGAUCGACAUAGACAAAAGUCUCAACAUUGUGUUCAACAGCCUGUGAUAUUUGACCAACAAACAGUUGUUUCACAGACAUAGCAACAUCCUAUAACAGUGCCAACUUAUUAGGAGAUGGUAUGGUCAACUUGUUCAAUCUCAUUAUUUAUUACAUAAUCUCAAAACUGAAUAUUCCACUGCUAGCAGGAAAUAGCAUUACAAAUUGAAACGCCUUAGGGUAAUGUGGAGGUGCACUUUGUUUUCUGUGAAGAUACGAGCCAUCCAGAAAGACCAGUGGUGUUUUUCUUCUUGUUUCUUUGUAUAGUGUGUAAAAUGUUGAUGCUUCUUUGCUUGUGUGUUUAAUUGCUUUGAACUCGUGACUGCUAGCUUGUAUAUGAGUGUAACAUGAGCGUUGUUGUUGCAUGUUACUUUGUUAAACUGGCUUUGUAUUCUUAAGCUUUGAUUUUUAAAUAAUGGCAUCAAGAGAUUGCAUGUCAAAAAAGUAUGUUGUUUUCAAAAGAAUCAAAGUUUAUGUAUUUUCUGAAAUUAAUAAUGGUAUUUUUUUGUUGUUGUUCGUUAGCUGACCAGAGCAUUAAUUGCUUAUUAAAAUUAAAAUACUAUUUUAAAGUGGUUUCAAACAUCAGUUUUAUGUAAAAUUAAAACAUUCGUUAUCAUUAUUAAAAUGAAUUAUAAAUGAUAUUAAUUCAAGUUUUCAUGAAGAUGCAAAAGUUACAAGUAAAUAAAAAUAAAUAUGGAGGGAUAAUUUUCGUCUGUUGACAUUCCACUAGUUGUUCCUAAUUCAAUAUCAAUUAUAAAAGGCAUUGAUUGUUUGUCGGUAAUCGGCUAAUCCAAAACCUCUAUGGAACAUUCCUUUUCUGUUGUUCAUUUGCAAAUAUGUACACACAAAAAUAGAAUCAAACAAAUGGUUGUUGACAUUGAGGUAUUGAUGUUUGAAAUUGCUAGUAUUUUAUACAUGUAUGUUACUAUCUACAGUUACCUAACACUUUCUAGAUCAAACACACUAGUCAGUAUACAUGUAUUUCCAUUAUGUUUUACCAUACAAUCUUAUUUUAAAUUGUUGCAGCAAUUCAUUAUGAAUUUGAUAUUAAACAGAUGUUGAUGUCAGAUUACUUUUUACAAUUAACACUUUUUGUUUAUGUUAUUCCAUCCUGUUGUUAUAUGGAUUAAGUGCAUAUAAACAUAUCUACUCCUCACUAUGUCAUAAGUGGCAAGCGAAAAUGCAUUUAUAUCCUGCCCCUGUGCUUGUGAGCUUGGUUACUGGUCCUUAUUCGGGACAUUUGGGUUUUUAGCUCACUGACCAAGGCCUGAAGAGCUUAUGUCAUGGCAUGGUUUCCGUCGUCUGUCCGUGCGAGCGUGCGUUGGACUUUUUCUUGUUUACGCGAUUAAGUCCACAGUUUUCAUCCGAUUCCUUUCAAACUUGUUCAGUGUCUUUAUAUUAAUGAGGACUCGAAACCCUAUUGAAAAUGGGUUACAUCAGAGUAAAAAGUCCAGAAUUAUCUCCCCUGAAUUUGAGAAAAUUGUUAAAUAAGGCUUGUUUACGCAAUAAAGUCCACAGUUUUCAUCCAAUCAUUUCCCAACUUGCAUAGUGUCUUAAUCUGAAUGAUGAGUCAAACCCUAUUGAAAAUGAGCAAUAUCGCAGUUUUAAGUCCUGAAUUAUCUCCCCUUGAAUUUGAGGAAAAAAAAGAAAAUUCAGUUUUUUUAUGUGAUAAAGUCCAUAAUUUUCAUCCAAUUCUUGGCAAACUUGCACAGUGUCUUUGUAUCAUUGAGGACUCAAACCCUUUUUUAAAAAGAGCAAUAUCGUAGCAAUAAGUCCAGAAUGACUUCCCCUUGAAUAUGAGAAAAUUUUGAAAUCCCGCUUGUUUACGCAAUUAAUUCCACAGUUUUCAUCCAAUUAUUUCCAAAUUUGCACAGUAUCUUUAUAUCAAUGAGGACUUGAACCCUAUUGAAUAUGAGCAGUAUCGGAGAAAUAAGUACACAAUAAUCUCCCCUUGAAUUUGAGAAAAUUCUCCUUGUUUGCGCGAUUCAAGUACACAGUUUCCAUUUUAUUCUUUCCAAACUUGCACAGUGUUUAUAGCAGUAGAGAGAUUCAUGCCCGUCAUGGGCCUCUUGUUACUCAUUCGUUAUCAAGCUUCCCACAAUGCUUUAAACUAAAACAAAAUUGCAUUAUUUUAUGUUAAUAAAAAGCUGGAAAAGGCAGCUGUAGUUUAAAAAUUCGUCCAAACUUGUGCGAGUCUAUUGUGAACAUUUAAUAACUUGGCUGAGACACAAGCCAGGUCUUCAAACAAGGAAGCGUUAGGUAUGCAUGGACAAAAUGAACAUUGAAACACACACAUGUGAUGUUUGUCACCAAAAUGUGUAGCUCAAAUACUGUAGAAGUGGUGUAAUUCUUUUUAACGCAAUCAGCCACAUAUGUAAAUAACUGCUUGAAUUGUGUUGCACUGUAAUACAUGUAUAUUGGUAUAGGAAGUGCUUUGUCUUUAAAUAAUACUGCUUAAAUGUUAUAAAUUACACUGUUGCGAUAAGUGAGUUCUUUGUGCUAACUAAAGUAUAUGUUUCUAACAACAUUAUUUUUUGUUUUCUUUUUUUAUGCCCCCGGAUCGAAAGAUUGGGAGUAUAUUGUUUUUGGCCUGUAUGUCUGUGUAUCUGUCUGUCAUUCAUUCAUUCAUUCAUUGUGUGUGUCCCAAAACUAUAACCUUUGUUAAAGUUUGGUCAUAACUUUUUGAAUAUUGAAGAUAGCAACUUUAUAUUUGGCAUGCAUGUGUAUCUCAUAAAGCUGCACAUUUUGAGUGGUGAAAGGUCAAGGUCAUCUUUCAAGGUCAAAAGUAAAAAAUACAUUCCAAGGGAAGUAAUAAUCUUUAAAAGGGAGAUAACUUUUUAACCUGUCAAAUGAUAUAUUGAAAUUUUAUUU